AUGUUAGGUUUCUAUGCCAUUGCCGAAGUAGUGGAAGAUAGCAACAAAAGACCAACUAAAACUAUUUUCUGUUAUUUAACCGAAGGCUUUGGUAAACACCAAGUUAAAUCUUUACAGGCCACUGCUCGCUUAGUCCAAGGUAAUGGUGCCCAAGUCUUUACUUCCUUGGAAGAAGUAGCUAAUUACUUAAAUAGUGAACAAAUAGAAGCAAGAAUUGAAGUACCGAUGAGAAAGUGUAUGAACAAAAAGCAAAAAUUCGACCUCCAACCGCUUCUCACCACUAAAAAAAUUCUCGCAAAAGCUUUAAAGGAGGGAACCGGUAGUGAGUUGGAAGAAAUGGGUGGGGUUCAAGCUUUCGAAAUGGCUUAUGAACUCAGUGAAAAGUACUUAGAAACCAGAAAUUUAACCGUUCAUAGUUAUGAUGCUGAUAUCUUAGCAGAGAGAAAUAACAGAGUUAUGAACUUACAAUUAGAAGAAAAGCAUUGGAAUAUUAUCAAAAAAGCGUUAAAUCUUUGUUAUCGGGAACAAGUGCCUUUAUCAAUAAUUAGUCGGUUACGAGAGGAAUUUACUGAAUCUAACUUACCUUUUGAAGUAGA